UGAUCGAAAUAGAUAAAUUAUUUAAAAAAAUAUAAUAUAGUUGAGUGAGAAAAAACAAACUAGAAUUCAUAGCUUGUUGACAAAAGAAAAUGAUACCUUGCCUGGAAGGAUCCUGAAUUCUCAACGGCUAUGCCCGGUCACAACUCACAAGUCACAACCACCACUUCAACAAGUCAUACUUCUCCCCUCCCCAUAUAUGUGUAUAUCCUCCUCCUUCCCUUCCCUUAUUCUCCGCUCCUUUAUCAGCCCUCUCAUCACUUCAAAAACAAAGAUUGCUAUUGCUAUUGUUUUUUCUUUUUGGUAAUAAGCUUUUUUAUUUUUAUUUUUAUAAAUUUCGAUGCCAUCUACUAGGAAAGACUUGGAUCGGAUCAAAGGUCCAUGGAGUCCGGGAGAAGACGAGGCUUUGCAGCGGCUGGUUCAUACGUACGGACCCAAGAACUGGUCUUUAAUAAGCAAAUCAAUACCUGGUCGAUCAGGAAAGUCUUGUAGGCUCCGAUGGUGCAACCAGCUUUCCCCCGAGGUUCAGCACCGACCCUUCACUCCCGAAGAAGAUGAUACCAUAAUCCAAGCUCAUGCCCAAUUCGGUAACAAAUGGGCUAUCAUCGCUCGACUCCUCAAUGGUCGUACGGAUAACGCGAUUAAGAACCACUGGAACUCCACCCUAAAGAGAAAAUGUUCUUCCAUGACUCAAGAUUUUAACGAUGACUCGCCACAGCCAAUUAAAAGAUCAGCCAGUCUUGGUGCUGCUAAUAAUGUCUCGGGUCCUUGCUUGAACCUCGGUACCCCUUCAGGAUCCGAUUUGAGCGACUCGAGUUUACCCGCUGCCUCACCGGGUUAUAGGCCGUUAGCAAGAACCGGUUCCAGUAAGCAUGUUGAAACGGCAUCAUCCACUACCAAUCCGCCUACUAUACUCAGCCUCUCGCUGCCCGGAUUCGAUCCUUGCGAAAACUCGGAUUCGGGACCUAGAUCCGACCCUAUUCCUAGCCCCACCCAGGUGCCAGUAACAACAGUAACAGGUCACCCAACUGCUGGUCUCGUAGUGGGGAUGCAAAACGGGGAGUUGGGGAUGGAGAAGCAAUUUUUUAGCAAUGAAUUUUUGACAGUUAUACAAGAGAUGAUUAAAACAGAAGUGAGGAACUACAUGUUUGGGAAGUUUCAUUGACUAUGUUAUAUUUGUAUGACCCAAUGUUUUAUAAUCAUAAGCGAAAGCCUUAGCAAGGGCAUAAUUAUUCUAUGAAA